GGAGGACUAAUUGAGGAGGCUACCACUUAAUCCUGGCACUGUUCAGAGUUGAGACCAGAGCACCAUGAAGAACAAGCUCCCCUUGUGCCUCUCCUCCCUGCCGGCGAUGCGCGCGCUGGUGGUGCUAGCGAUCAUACUGGCCAUCGCCAUCCCUUGCGCCGAGGUCCAAGCAGCAGCCCAUGAUGAUGCGACCGUAGCUCAUCCGGACGGGUCCCGUCGCGGCCGGUGGCCACCGGCGCCGUUUGGCAACCCCGCGCGCGGGUACGGCGUCCCGCCACCGCCGCAGCAGCUGGGGCGGCGCCUCUUGCACCGCGCCGUCGGGAGGUCGGGCGCCGGAGCUGGUAGGGACGACGUCUACAAUUACUGAUGCGUUGUUAUCGAUCACCACGUUGUGUAAAUUGUUUUGUGCACUCGUGGACGACGCAUGUAUGGUCGAUGGGUGAGUAUAUAUAAAUAAUCCUCAUUCAGCAUCGCAUGGUAAUAAUUAAGUCA